CACACUCGGUGCCUUAUUUUGUUGUUUUCGCAUAGAAAGGACAGGAGAAAACUCUCUCUAGCUUUACUCUUUCUCUGAACAAAAACAAAUCUAGACCUAUCUUCUUUUGCACUGCUACAACAAAUGCAAAUCUCAGACUUAUAACUCUGUUUAGAAAUUAAAAGUCACAGCAUAAUUAAUUUUAGAUCUUAGAAAAUGGGAGGAUCUGGUGGUGGUAUAGGUAGCUUACUCAAGGUCAUACUCGCCAACUUUGACAUCCUUGCCGGGCCGGUGGUUAGUCUGGCUUAUCCUUUGUAUGCGUCAAUAAGGGCUAUUGAGACCAAAUCCCCAGUGGAUGAUCAGCAAUGGCUUACUUAUUGGAUUUUGUACUCUAUGAUUACCCUUUUUGAGCUCACCUUUGCUAAGCUUAUUGAAUGGCUUCCUUUCUGGUCAUAUGCAAAACUGAUUGCAACCUGCUGGUUGGUCAUACCCCACUUCAAUGGUGCAGCAUAUGUGUAUGAGCAUUAUAUUAGGCCUUAUAUCGUCCAGCGAAAAGCAGUCAACAUCUGGUAUGUGCCACGCAAGAAAGAUGUCUUUAGUAAGCCUGAUGACAUCCUAACUGCUGCAGAGAAAUAUAUACAAGAACAUGGAACCCACGCAUUUGAGGAGAUGAUCCACAAGGCUGAAGGAGAACGAAGGCCCCAAACCAGCAAUUACGUGUUUUAUGAUGAUGACUACAGAUACUGAGCCUUGUACACUACAGGUUUUUUUGUUUGGUUUCUGCUGCUCCAGUGCUUCAGGAAAGGAAGAGAUCUAUGUGCUGUUGUAAAAAGAGGUGCCCUGAAACUGAUGUUUGGUCUGUCUCCGUGUUAACUACUAUCUUAUGUUUUAUAGAGUUCUUUGCAAUCCCGUAAACUAUGUAUAAACGUGUAGUGCUCAACCUUUUCACCUGUGUCUUUCUCCUAGAUAUUUUUGUCUGUCACUGUUAAUCUCAAGCAGUUUGUUAGUAAUGAUAAUAAUCGUUGCUCUA